UCUCCCACGCAUAUAAUCCAACUGUCCACAUCACUCCUCUCCGUAAACAACCAAACAACAACAUACUAUUAGGGUUUUCAUUUCGUUAUAUGCUAUAUUCAAACUAAGCCACUAUAAUUCAUUAACUUUAUUCCUAUUUUCCUCUCGUUUUUCUUUUCCAUUUUCUCGGGAAAAUCAUGGGGAAAGGCCCUGGUCUCUACUCUGACAUUGGCAAGAAAGCCCGAGAUCUUCUCUACAAGGAUUAUCAAAGCGACCACAAAUUCACUGUCACUACGUACACUUCCACUGGAGCCGCGAUAACUUCAAGUGGGAUUAAGAAAGGUGAGUUGUUUUUGGCUGACGUCAGCUCUCAGCUGAAGAACAAGAAUAUUACCACUGAUAUCAAAGUGGACACCAACUCAAAUCUUUUCACAACCAUUACUGUCGAUGAACCUGCACCUGGACUCAAGUCAAUCUUUAGUUUUAGGAUUCCUGAUCAGAGAUCUGGCAAGGUUGAACUCCAAUACCAGCAUGAGUAUGCCGGAAUAAGCACUGGCAUUGGAUUGACUGCCAGUCCCAUUGUCAACUUCUCUGGUGUGAUUGGAAACAAUUCUCUCUCCCUUGGAACUGAUCUUGCAUUUGACACAGCCAGUGGAAACUUUACCAAGUGCAAUGCAGGGUUGAGUUAUACCAAUACUGACCUUCUUGCUUCCUUGACAUUGAAUGACAAAGGUGAUACUCUUAACGCUUCCUACUAUCACCUUGUGAGCCCAUUGACAAAUACAGCAGUUGGUGCGGAGCUGACCCAUAGCUUUUCAAGCAAUGAAAACACUUUGACAAUCGGUACUCAGCAUUCACUUGACCCUUUGACCUCAGUGAAGGCCCGUGUAAACAGCUAUGGCAGAGCAAGCGCCCUGAUCCAGCACGAGUGGCGCCCAAAAUCUCUGUUUACUAUAUCAGGAGAGGUUGACACCAGAGCGAUUGAAAAGAGCGCCAAGAUUGGACUGGCCUUGGCACUCAAACCAUAGACUAGAUAACCAUUCUUGAUACCUGGAAAACAAUAAUGUUAGGUGGAAAGACGUAAAAUCCUAAUUGUUUGUCGUGGACAUGCAUAUUGGCUUUCACAGAUGUGGCCUGUGGGUUGUAAAAUAAUACCGGCUGCUGGAGUAUUGAGCCAACAUUAUCAAUUUUAUUUGUCUCGGUUAAUCCCACCUUUAAUGGUGGGUGUACUUGCUUUGAGCCGUAUAUUUCAUAUGGAAUUUGCUUGAGCUUCA